AUGUCGCUCUUCGCCUUCCUCCCCCCGCUCCCGCCGUUUCUCUUCUCGGUUCUGGUCAUGAGCGGCCUCGUCUCCAAGGCUCUACAUAUCGGCCUGCACAUUCGCUCUUUACCAUUCCUCUAUUUCGUCCUCUAUUCGCCGACCCUCAUUUUACAAGACCUGCUAGUCAUCCUCGUUGGGAGGCUUUUGUUGCAGUAUGCGGCUCCGGGAACCCGGUUACAAUGGUUGUCGACAUGCGUAGGAGGUCUGCUUUCCCUGGUAACAUGGGGUGCCGCCUCCAUCCAGUUCGGCUUCUUCAUGCAGACCGGUGCCGAAGUCGCCUGGGCUCAAAGUAAUAGCUUCCUCAAUGAUCCCGCCGCCAUGAAGAUCCUUUUGACAGGCAUCACCACCGUGUCCGCCGCUGCUACCGUUUUCGCCCUGGUUGCCUGGAUGAUUCACUCAUACCUGUACCUUCUGACCGGUCUUGGAUUGCUGGCGAUCCGGGAUCUAUUCGUGGGAGGCUACAAGGCCCGCUAUACCCUGCUCUCCGUGCCCAACAAAUCUUGGUUGGCCUCCGUCGAUCUACGAACCGCGCGCCGAUCCGCUAUCGCCGUCUCUGUCUUUGUAUCGUUGUUGUUCCUGGAGCUCACCAGACCGUCCAUCCCGUACGACCACCUGUCUGGUGCAUUGCCAUUGACUUUGAUGGAUGCAUUUCAUAAAAAGUCUGUCACCGUUGAAGGUUGCCGCAACCCGACAAUGAAUUUCCCUCUCUACACCGCGGGUAAAGUUAGUUCGGAGAAAUGGUCUCGGCCCGCCUGGUUGCCGCAGAACCCACCCCCGGGAUUCAGCCGAUGGGAUAUCAGCCCAGAAGAGCGUGCGGAGAAGGAUAAUCCCUCUUGGUACCUGUGCAGCAGCGGGGACCCCGGCUUCUACAAUCCCAAGCAGGAUCCGCUCAAGAUUUCCAAUCUGGGCGGUGGAAUCUACGAGCCCUUGCGGAAGGCCUUCGAGGAGAAUUCGGUUGAAAUUGAUAACGUCGUUCUUUUAACCCUCGAAAGUGGGCGCAAGGAGUUAUUCCCGGCGCAGCAGGGCACUCCCAUGUUCGAUGCCUUACUCGAGUCGCACAAGAAGGAGAAGAGGGAGAAGGCGAUCGACGACCUGGUCAAGCUGACCCCUGUAGCGCAGAUGCUAACGGGCGAGUAUGCCACGGAUAGCAAGGGCGAAAAGGUCGAUCUGAGCAAUGCCACUUGGCAGGAUACAGCUGAAGAGGGCAUGGGCGGCCUGAAUGUGCGGGGUGCACUCACUGGCAGUUCGUUGACUUUCAAAAGUAUUUUGGGCAGUCAUUGCGGUGUCAACCCACUUCCAGUAGAUAUGUUGGAGGAAACCGGUCUCGAAAUCUAUCAACCGUGCUUGCCGCAGCUUUUCGAACUUUUCAACGAGGUUAAAUCGCCCGUGGAGCCCAACUUACCCAAAGCCAUUGAAGCCCGCGAUGACGAGUCCGAGGCUGUCAAAUACCCGUGGAAGUCCGUCUUCAUGCAGUCCAUCACCGACGACUACGAUCGCCAGGACGUCCUGAACGAGAACAUGGGAUUCAAGGAAAAGGUUGUCAAAAAGACAUUGAAACGUGCUCGAUUUGGCUCCAAAUAUGCUCCCAAGGGCCAAGAGAUUAACUACUUUGGAUAUGCCGAGACCGAGUUGAAACCGUACGUGCAGGAUCUGUUCGAGGAAGCUGCCAACAACAAGACACGCAUCUUCCUCUCGCAUGUCACUAGUACCACGCAUCACCCGUGGAACACGCCUGACGACUUCAAGACGGAAUCCUACAUGGGCGACGAAGGAACCGUCAACCACGGUCUGAUGAACAACUACCUGAACACCCAGCGCUUCGUCGACAACUGGCUCGGCGAUAUCAUGACCAUGCUCGACGAAACCGGCAUCGCGAACUCGACCCUCGUCGUAGUCGUUGGCGACCACGGCCAGGCCUUCGGCGAAGACAACAAGGAUAUGACAGGCACCUAUGAAAACGGCCAUAUCAGCAACUUCCGCGUCCCUCUCGUCUUCCGGCACCCUCACAUGCCACGCAUCGACAUCACCGCCAACGCAACAUCCCUCUCCAUCAUCCCGACUAUCCUCGACCUCCUCGUGCAUUCCCACUCCCUCGACACCCGCGAUGCCGAAAUCGCCUCAUCCAUCCUCCCCGAGUACCAAGGUCAAUCCCUAAUCCGCCCCUUCAUCUCCGCCAUCGGCGGUUCCGACACCCACGGCAGUGCCCGAAUCGAAAACCCUGACUCUCACCCCAUUGACGCCCGUUCUCCCCGCCCAACACACAAGCACAAGGAUGCCCGUACCCAGCGGGUCUGGAACUUCGGCCUCAUUAACGCAGGCGGCUCAAUGGUCUCCAUCACCUCAGCCGAUACUCCCUACCGCCUGAUCCUGCCCCUCCGCGAGGGCUUCGAAUACGUCUUCACACACCUGGCCGAAGACCCCGGCGAGCUGCACCCAAUGAAGACAUGGACGCUAUCUGAGCUCGUCCACGAAGUCAUCCCCAAGUUUGGUGAAGACCCUGCCUCUUGGAUCGAAGAUGCCGAGCAGGUCGGCAAGUGGUAUGUCAACGAGCAACGGAAAAUCUGGGGCUACCGGGAGAAAUAA